ACCAGGACUAAACCAGGCCCUGUUGUACCUCUUCUUUCCUCUCUGUGGCGCUGUUUUUGUUUUGUGUCACUCAAACUCUACACUUCCAAACCGGAAGCUGCAGAAAACACCGGAAGUAGAUUAGAGCGCACGUCGGGUCCACAUUUGCAGCAGUAAAAAUGUCCAAGAGGAAAGUGACGUUUGAAGACGGGAGCGGAGAGUUUGAGAUAGAAGACGAUCUGCCCACGAAAAAGAGCGUGGAGGCGCUCACUGGUCCCGGCUCGAGGUUCAAAGGGAAACAUUCUCUGGACAGUGAUGAAGAAGACGAGGGGGAAGAGUCCAGCAGCAAGUACGACAUCUUAGCCGACGAUGACGUGGAGGGUCAGGAGAACGCCACGAUCGACUUCGACGAGGGCGUCUCCAUCACACCCUUUAACCUGAAGGAGGAGAUGGAGGAGGGACACUUCGACUCCGAGGGAAACUACUUCAUCAAAAAGGAAACGCAGAUCAGAGACAACUGGCUCGACAACAUCGACUGGGUGCGAAUCAAAGAGCAGCCGUUUAAGAAAAAGAAGAAGGGACUGGGAGCGAAACGUAAACGUCGAGCGGGAGACGAAGACGAGGCAGAGGAGGAGAAGAAGAGAGAGGAAGAGCGAGGACAGAGCGAGGAGGACGAAGACGAGGCGGAGGACAGAGACGAGGAGGAGGACAGAGACGAUCCUCUGGCGUCUCUGUCUCACUCUCAGCUCACACAGGCCGUCGUGGAUCUGCUCCAGCCCGGAGAGACCGUCACCGCCGCACUCAGGAGGUUGGGGGGUCUGAAGGGGAGGAAGAAGAAGCUGAAGGAUGAAGAGCGUUCAGAGGACGAAGACACGAAGAGAGACGCCGAGAAACUGGACCGACUGACCGCCCUCGCCGACCGACUCGUGGGCGCCGGAGACUACGAGAUCUACCAGCAGACCUACGAGAAACUCACCUACAGGUUAAAGAGCUCUGAGUCGGUGAAGAGGAAGAGGGACCAGGGGGAUGAAGAGGACGAUGAGCUCGACAUGUUCGGAGACAAAUUCGACGAGAAACUCGGAUCAAAACCUGAAGAGGCGGAGCAGGAGACGAGAGUGAGUGAUGCGGUGAUGUGGGAAUAUCGAUGGGAAAACCAGGACGGAUCUGAAGUGUACGGCCCCUUCACCAGUCAACAGAUGCAGGUCCGUGUCAAAC